AGUGUUGGGUAAAAUUGAUAAAAGAUAUAAGUAGUGCCUACUCCGGGGCUAUGAUAAAAUGGAAAGUAUCGAGGAAGAGAUUGAGGCACCAGACCAAGUCAAUAUAAGCGUGAAUGCGCAGACUUGUCGCGUUUGCCUGGAGUCCCACGAAACCACAUUAUGCCUUCGCGAUGAAAUUGAGUUUAACGACCUGAACUUAGAGCUGUGGCAGCUGUUGGAGAACGUAUCCAAUGUGAAGUGCAACUGGAACGAACCGAAUCUACCGACACAGCUGUGCCAGAGCUGCACGCGUCGCCUGAUUAGUGCCUAUGAGUUUAUACGCGACGUCGAAAAGUCCAAUGAGACGCUACAGGCAUUGUGUAGCCAUCUGGAGCGGGAGCAAUCAGCUGCUGCCGUUGUGAAUGUGGAUGUGGAGGAAUAUGAGGAACUAGUUCAAGAGGAAGAUCAUUUCGUGCAGUUGGAUGAAUGCGAAUCCGUCAUUGAACUACAUGAGGAAGAGGAGGAUGAGGCGGAAGUGGAGGCGGAGCUGGUACACUCAGAAGAAACACCAUGUGAGGAAAAGCCCCUGCUGAACAAUAGCACUGACGAACCGAGCGAACUUGUACAAGAAGACUCCGAUGCAGAGAUAAGUGUUGAGCCCGGUCUUUUGGAAGAGCGACCCUCACAGCUGGGCAUGCGACUGGCGCACUCCCAAAACUAUAUGUACAAAUGUGCCAGUUGUCCACGGAUCUUUGCUAAAAAUAAAUCGCUGGCUCGCCAUUUCGCCACCGCACACAGGCAAGCGGCAAAUGUUGCUGCCCAGGAGCUGGCCAGGGAGCACAGCAGCAGCGGCGCCCUCAUCUGCGAACACUGUCCGCGAUUAUUCAAGCGUCAGGACACACUGCGCCGCCAUCUGAUUGCAUUUCAUCCGGAGGUGGUCGCCGCCAGUGGCGAUGCCGACGAUCUUGCCAGGAGUGUGCCGCCCAAGCGUGCUGCCAAGCGUCGUGAGUGCCCCCAUUGUGGAAUUAGUUUUCCCGUCUCCAGCCUAACGAUACACAUACGACGGCAUACCGGCGAUAAUCCGUACAAGUGCGACGUAUGCGACAAGGCAUUUCCACGCGGCCAGGAUCUGAAUCUGCACAAGCGCCAGCAUACCGGCGAGCGUCCGAGCGAAUGCAAAAUCUGCGCCAAGAAAUUCAUUUCGCAAAACAAACUGGCGCGCCACAUGCGCCUCCACACGGGCCAUCGUCCCUACGCCUGUGACAAGUGCGACAAGAGAUUUGUGCAGUCCAACGAUCUGAAGAUUCACAUGCGACGGCACACGGGCGAACGACCCUACGCAUGUGGUGUUUGCGAUAAGAGUUUUGUAUGCGGCUCCCUCUUGAAUAUUCAUCGCAACCAGAAGCGACACCAUGAGACUGGCCGGGAGGGCGUCGAUUACCUCGAUCCCUAUGAGAACAGUCGCGUGAACAAGCGACGUGCCGAGGACAUUGAACGGAUGCGACUCCAGCGGGAGGGCGAAUCGCUGCCACCCAUGUUGCUGCGUCCAUACAACUGCGGUAUCUGCGGGGAUAACUUCAAGAGUGGCGCCUUGCUCACGAUUCAUCGCAAUAAAAUGGCCCACUAUGAGAUCGGCAAGGUGGACUACGGUGAUCCCUACGAACAGCGAUACAAGCAGCAGCAGCAACAACUAAGAACAGCGCAAAGCGAGGAUUAAACGUAUUUGAUUUAAAUUAAAAACGCUUUUACAAACUGCUCAAAAUUGUACAAGUUUACCAAUGUCCAUAAAAAUUUCAAUUUAAAAUUAAGUUUAAACUAAAUACUCGUUAUGAUAAAGGUAAUUAAUACAUUAAUAUUAGCUAUAAUUAUAUGUACAUAUUGUACCAAAUAUACAUAUUUCUAAUUUCGUUCACAUUGAUAUAAGUCUUCAUAUACAUUAAUAAAUAUUUCAAAUAU